AUGGCCAACGUCGAUACGUCAAUCGAUCCCCACACGACCGGCGCUGCUGCCCGACUUGCGGCCAAGCACUCGGAAGAGCAUGCGUUGAAGCUCUACGGGGGCUGGUUUUGCCCCUUCGUGCAACGCACAUGGAUCGUUCUCUGCGAGAAGAACAUCCCGCACCAGUACAUCGAGAUCAACCCCUACAAGAAGGACCCGGAGUUCUUGAAGCUAAACCCACGGGGACUGGUUCCGACUCUGGCCGUUCCCGUCGAUGUGAAGGGUAGCGAGCAGAAGCCUCUCUACGACAGCACCGUUCUCUGCGAGUACCUCGAAGAGGCCUACUCGGGAAACAACUAUGGACCGCAUCUUCUCCCGGAGGAACCCUAUGAACGGGCGAGAUGCCGACUGUGGAUCGACCACAUCAACUCCCGCAUCGUGCCGGGUUUCUACAAGUUCAUUCAGCAUACCCCUGAGAAGGAGUACAACAUCGAACAAGCUCGCGAUGAGUUUCUCGGGAACAUCAAGACUUUCACCAAAGAGUUCAGCUCUCAAGGGCCGUGGUUUCUGGGACAGACCUUCAGCUUGGUCGACGUUAUGCUGGCGCCGUGGGCAAUGCGUCUGUUUCUGUUUGACCACUACAAACCUGGUGGUCUCGGUGUGCCAGAGGAGGGGGAUGGCGGAGAAGACGAAGCUGUUUGGAGCCGUUGGAGGAAAUGGUUUGAUGCUGUGAAAGAAAGACAGAGCGUCCAGGACACCUUGAGCGACAGAGAUGCCUAUAUUGCGGUGUAUAAGAGAUAUGCGGAAGACAAGACGAACUCGGAAGUAGGACAAGCAACGAGAGGAGGGAAGAGAAUGCCCUAG